AUGGCCAGGUGGAAUUCAACUGAAAUAUUGGAGUCAAUUCCCUUGACCUUAACUGGAGGUUUGCACAACUGUCUGGUGUAUACUGAAGACAACGAUACCGCUGCUUGCACCAAAUGGGUGUACGAUUCUAAAUACAGGACCUCCUCACGUGCCAUAGAGUGGGAUCUAGUUUGUGACCAAAGAUGGAAAGGAGCGCUUGCUCAAACUAUUUAUAUGCUGGGUGUCUUCACCGGAGCAGUAUAUCUCGGCGGAUUGGCAGAUAAAUAUGGGCGAAAGACUGUAUUCUGCUGGUCCGCAGUUUUACAAUUGAUUUUAGGAAUAGCUGUAGCUUUUAUACCAGAAUACUGGUCGUUCUUAGUUGGAACGUUCUUCUACGCAUUAUUUGGUUCCGCUGGAGCUUACAUACCAGCUUUCGUUUUAACUAUGGAAAUUGUUGGCCCCAAGAAACGGACUAGCUGCGGUGUGGCUUUUCAAUGUGCCUUUGCUUUAGGAAUCGUGUUAGUCGCGUCAUGGGGUGCGAUAAUCGAUAAUCGCGUUAUUCUUCAAGUAGUAUAUGGACUACACAGUGUGAUAUUGAUACCUCAUAUUUGGAUCAUGGAUGAAUCUCCAAGAUGGCUUUGGGCUCAAGGAAGAGCAAAAGAAGCCGUGGAUAUUGUUCAAAAAGCCUUAAAAUUCAAUAAGUCUGACGAAGUUUUGGACAGAGCUGAUCUUGUAUCGAAAGGUAAAGUUGAAGCCUCAAAAGGAUCUGACGAUCCCAAGGCCAGUCUUAUUGAUCUUUUCAGAACACCAAAUCUAAGGAUAAAGACCAUUAAUGUAUGUUUGGCUUGGUUCGCUAAUUCUUUGGUAUAUUACGGGCUUACUCUUAGUACUGGAAAGCUAGAGGGUAAUCCUUAUCUCAUAACUGCAGUAUUCGGUUUAGUUGAAUUCCCCAGUUACGCCUUUGUGAUUUAUUUCCUAGAUAUCUGGGGUCGUAGAGCGCUAAUGAGUUCCAUGAUGAUCAUCGGCGGAGGUGCAUGCAUAGUUGCAACAUUCCUUCCAUCCGGUUCAAUGGUAUCUACGGUUAUCGUUAUAGGCGGUAAGCUUUUCAUCGCUGGAUCUUUUGCUAUUAUAUACAAUUAUUCGGCUGAAUUGUUCCCGACUGUAGUCAGAAACUCGGCAAUAGGUUUAGGCUCUAUGUUUGCUAGGCUUUCUGGUGCUUUAACACCAUUGAUAACGCUCCUUGAUUCUUUCGAUCCUAAGAUACCAGCUGUAACUUUUGGCUUCGUUGCUCUCAUAUCUGGUUUCCUGUGUCUCUUCCUCCCCGAAACGAUGAACCAACCGAUGCCACAAUCUCUAAACGACGGAGAAACAUUCGGUAGAGGUGACACUUGUUUUGGUAGCUGCUUAGGGAAAAAGGGUAAUAAGACUUACGCGGCCGAUGAGAAAACGGCUGAGGCAAUGGUUCCUUUAGACAACAUGAGCAAAAGAGUUUAA